AUGCAGUGUAAAUUAUGUGUUCAAUCAGAUUAUCCUCAUCACUACUACAAAGUACACAAACCAAACGUUUCAGAACCAUAUGUAUCCCCACAUGUAAACAGACAGUCAAUCAUAAUUGAUUCCAAGACAGGGGCUCGUAAAUCCCCUUUCACAACUCGGCUUACUCUAAAGUUUUCUGACGUACGCACUAUGAAGAAUUUGUUUGAAAAAGGUUUGGAGACUUCACGCUUUCAACCCUGUUUGGGACGACGUUCUAGUCCAAAUGAAAAAUAUACUUGGUUAACGUAUAUAGAAGUAGAUGACAAAAUACAGGCAUUUGGAUCAGCUUUAGUGAAAGUUGCUUCUCAUAUUCCAUGGAGUGAUAAUUGUGUUGGUAUUUUUGGUCGGAAUUCACCCGAGUGGUUUAUUGCGCAGCACGCCUGUGCAGCUUAUGGGUUCCCAAUAGUUCCUAUCUAUGCAACUUUAGGUGACGAAGCCAUGCAACAUAUCCUUAAGCUAACUGAACUACGUGUUGUUGUGUGUGACUCGGGUGAAGAAAUAUGCCGUGUCUUAGAACAAUCAUUGUCCUUCAUCAAUUUAGUAAUUGUAGUAAACGAUGGUCCUAAAGUCGCAGAAGCCAAGGUUCGGUUUUCAUCAAAUGUGAAAAUCUAUUUAUUUGAUGAAUUUUUAGCUAUUGGAAUUAAAUAUCAUAUUCCAAAAACUGAUCCUAAACCAGAUGAUUUAUAUAUGAUUUGCUUUACCAGUGGAAGCACAGGUUUACCAAAAGGUGUGAUGAUCGAACAACAACAAAUUGUCGAUGCAGUCUUUGGAAUCAUUGAAAAUACUGAAGAGAAGUGCUGUAAUAAAUUAUCAACGCAUCUUUCAUAUUUGCCAUUUGCUCAUAUCAUGGAGCAAGUAAACUCCUCUGUUGUCAUUCUCGAAGGAGCUAAAAUUGGGUUCUUGACAAGUACUGUCGAUGGACUACUUGCUGAUUGUGAAAGUCUAAAGCCAACUGUAUUAACUGCUGUUCCACGUGUUUUAUCCCGUAUUUAUACCAAGUAUUAUGAAGCCAUUGAAGGAUCAGCUCUAAAAACUCGUUUGGUUAAUCAUGUAAUAAAGCAAAAGCUUGGUGAACAAAAACGGGGGAAAUUUAAUCAUCAAAGUAUUUUGGACACGCUUUGUUUUAAAAAACUUCACCAAUCUCUUGGUGGACGUAUUUGUGGAAUAAUAACAGGCGGUGCUCCUUUGAUGCCCGAAAUUACACAGUUUAUGCGUGCUGUAUUUAAUGGACUUGUUGUCGAAGGCUUUGGUUGCACAGAGACUAUGGGAGUUGUAACCGUAUCUUUAGUCGGAGAAUUUCGUGUUGGUGCUUUGGGUGCCGUUGCUUAUGGUGUAGAAGUUAAAUUGGCCGACGUAUUAGAUUUAGGUCUUGUUGUCAAAAGAGAUAAUCGUGGAGAGAUAUGUGUGAAAGGUAAGCGUUGCACCAAAGGUUACUACAAAGAUCCUCAAAGUACAGCGCUGCUAAUUGACUCAGACGGUUGGUUACAUACUGGAGAUAUAGGAGAAUGGACCCCAGAAGGUUCAUUGAUGUUAGUUGAUCGUGUUAAAAGUAUUUUCAAGUUGGCUCAAGGUGAAUAUGUAGCACCAGAAAAACUGGAGGCACUUUAUCAAAGUUGUGGUCUAAUCAAUCAAAUUUUUAUUGAUGCCAAUCCUAAAUCCAUUUAUCCUGUAGCUAUAAUAGUUCCAAACUUCAACGAAUUACGUGAAUCACUUAGCAAAACAGAUCAUGAAUUGGUUAAUUUAUCCGAUCAUGAUUUAUGUCAACAUGAAUCUGUCCAUCGAAAAUAUCUAAAUGUUUUGGAUCAAAUCGCCAAUGAAAGAUUUCUGAAAGGAUUUGAAAAAUUGAAGAAGAUCCAUCUGACUGAUGAAACUUUCACAAUAGAAAAUGGGUUGCUCACUCCAACAUUCAAGAUUUCCCGAUAUAGAGCCAGAAAGCUGUAUUCUGAAAUUAUAAACAGAUUAUGUGACGAAGUUAUGGCUACAGAAAAUCAUAAAUAG